AUGACUUAUGAUACGUCAUCUGCUUUGUUUUUGGGCUUCGACUUGUCGACUCAGCAGCUCAAAAUCAUUGUCACAGACAAAGACUUGCAGGCCCUUGCUACAUACAACGUGGAGUUUGAUGCUGAAUUCAAAGACAAAUACAAAAUAAAGAAGGGUGUUUUGUCCGACGAGGAGUCAGGUGAAAUUCUAUCUCCUGUGCACAUGUGGUUAGAUGCCAUGGAUUAUGUAUUUGAUUUGAUGAAGAAGGACAGCUUCCCAUUUGAAAAAGUUAAGGGCAUAAGUGGCUCCGGAAUGCAACAUGGCUCUGUUUUCUGGUCCAAUUGUGCUGCCUCUCUGUUGGAUAAAAUGCACGAGUUCGACUCAUUGUCCGACGCGCUAGGCAAUGCCUUUGCCUGUGACACCUCUCCAAAUUGGCAGGACCAUUCCACUGGCCAAGAAAUUGAAGAUUUCGAAAAAGUCUCGGGGGGUCCUGAUAAAUUGGCAGAGACUACAGGUUCGAGGGCACAUUACCGGUUCACUGGCUUGCAGAUUCGUAAAUUAGCUGUGCGGUCGGGAAAAGAUGUCUUUGAAAACACCGAUAGAAUUUCUUUAGUAUCAAGUUUUAUUGCCUCAGUGCUUUUGGGGAAGAUCGCUCCAAUUGAAGAAGCCGAUGGAUGUGGUAUGAACCUCUACAACAUAGCAGCUUCUAGAUACGACGAAGAAUUGCUUUCUGUGGCCGCUGGCGUACAUCCCUUGCUUGACAAGAAAUCAGAGGCUGAGAAAAAUGAAGGCGUGGAGAAACUUAAGCGAAUGCUCGGGGACGUCGAACCUGUUAGCUACAAACAUUUGGGAACAAUAUCAUCCUACUUUGUCAAGAAGUAUGGAUUUUCCCCUGAUGCAAGAAUAUUUUCAUUCACUGGUGACAAUUUAGCGACUAUUAUUUCUUUGCCAUUACAAAAGAAUGAUGUUUUGGUUUCUUUAGGAACUUCCACGACUGUACUUUUGGUGACUGAAAACUACCAACCUUCUUCGCAAUAUCAUCUUUUUAAGCACCCUUCAAUCAAAAAUGCUUAUAUGGGAAUGAUUUGUUACAGCAAUGGUGCUUUGGCAAGGGAGAAAGUCCGUGAUGCAGUCAAUGAAGAAUAUGGCAUUACAAAUGAUUCAUGGGAUAAGUUUAACGAGGUUUUGGACAAAUCGGAAGACUUCAAGAACAGAUUGGGUGUUUAUUUCCCAAUUGGAGAGAUUGUGCCAAAUGCACCCUCUCAAACAAAGAGAAUGGAAAUGGAUUCACAUGAGCAUAUUCUGGAAGUUGACUAUUGGGACUUGGAGUAUGAUGUUAGCUCCAUUGUUGAAUCACAGACUGUGAGUUGCAGGGUCCGAGCCGGCCCAAUGCUUCACAGCUCCAAAAAAUCUUCCAACAGCAAAUCCCGGACUGAUGAGGAAGUCACUGCACUCAUUGAUGAGCUUCAUUCACAAUUCGGUGAAAUCUUUACCGAUGGAAAGCCACAAACUUUUGAGUCUUUGACGUCAAGGCCACGGAAAAUCUUUUUUGUUGGAGGGGCUUCAAGAAACAAGAGCAUCAUACACAAAAUGGCGUCGAUUAUGGGUGCGACAGAAGGGAACUAUCAGGUUGAAAUCCCUAAUGCGUGUGCACUUGGAGGAGCUUAUAAAGCAAGUUGGAGCUAUGAAUGUGAGAGCAUGGAUAAGUGGAUACAUUACAACGAUUACCUCAAUCAGAACUACAACUUUGAUGAAGUUGAUCACUUUGAUGUGACAGAUAAAUGGGCCAACUAUAUUCCCGCAAUAGGAUUAUUGUCCAAAUUAGAAAACGCCUUGGACUAG